CUUUAUAUUCUACAGAUUACCUUAAAUUUUACAGGAAUAAAUACUCGAUUUUCUUCCCCUUCACCCGUUGGGCCCGCUUGCUUGAUCCACGCCGUCGUCGUCGCCUCCUCCACUUUGGCAGGGAGGACGCCAUCACCUCCGCUCGCUCCCAUCUGCGGGACUGGUGUUGCUGCCUCCAGGAGUCCAGGUACUCUGCUCUGAGUCUCGCGCGCUCUCGUAACUUCACGCACCUCUCGCGUGGAUCUCACGUGCUGUCACGUACUAGUUUAAUUAAAAGAGGGAAUCAAGGGAGAGCAGCGAGGCGAUUCCUCGUCAACGGCCGCCCGGCGGUUGAUUGUCGCAUCCAUUCCAUUAAUUCCUUCUCCACAGAUCACCAACCAGUGGAUUACCAACAGAUUGAUAGAUAGAUAGAUCGAUCGAUCGAUCGUUCGUUCGUCCGUUCGUUGAACAAUUUCAUUUUUUCAUUUCAUUUCUUUGGAUUCCAUUCCGUUCCAUCCGCACACCACCUGCUCGACGCAAUUCCCUCUCGACGAGGAGAGGACGAUGGAUGGAUGAUUGAUUGCCGCCGCCGCCGCCGCCGCCUAGUGCUCCGCCGCCAUGUCCCUGGCGUGCGGCCUGCCGCUGCUCGAGUGCGUCUACUGCCUCGCCUGCGCGCGCUGGGCCUGGAAGCGCUGCCUCCACAGCGGCGAGGUCGACAGCGCCACCUGGGGCCUCGCCUCCGCCGCCGACUUCGAACCCGUCCCCCGCAUGUGCCGCCUCAUCAUGGCCAACUACGAGGACGACCUCGCCUCCCCGCUCUUCGCCCCGCCCGGUGGCUACGGCCUCGACCCCGCCUGCGUCCUCCGCCGCACCACCUAUGCCGACACCCGCGGCCGCGUCACCCCCUACCUUAUCUACCUCGACCACCACCACGCCGACAUCGUCCUCGCGCUCCGCGGCCUCAACCUCAUCAAGGAGUCCGACUACGCGCUCCUCCUCGACAACCGACUCGGCAAGAGGCGAUUCGACGGCGGCUACGUCCACAACGGCCUCCUCAGGGCCGCGGGCUGGGUGCUCGACGCCGAGUGCGACCUCCUCAGGGAACUCCUCGAGAGCUACCCCGACUACACGCUCACCUUCACGGGACACUCCCUCGGGGCCGGCGUCGCCGCGAUGCUCACAAUGGUCGUUGUGCUCAACCUCGACAAGCUCGGCAAUGUCGACAGGAGCCGCACACGGUGCUACGCCAUGGCGCCUGCCAGGUGCAUGUCGCUCAACCUCGCCGUCAGAUACGCCGACGUCAUCAACUCUGUCGUCCUACAGGAUGAUUUUUUGCCUCGGACGGCUACUCCUUUGGAGGACAUUUUCAAGUCAAUCCUCUGCUUGCCAUGCCUGCUAUGUUUGAGAUGUUUGAGGGACACAUGUAUUCCUGAAGACGCAAUGUUAAAGGAUCCAAGGAGGCUUUAUGCACCAGGGCGGAUAUAUCACAUCGUGGAAAGAGAAAUGUGCAGGUGUGGAAGAUAUCCACCGGUAGUCAAAACAGCAGUUCCAGUGGACGGCAGAUUUGAGCACAUAGUUCUUUCCUGCAACGCCACAAUGGACCAUGCCAUUAUUUGGAUCGAGAGGGAAGCCCAGAAGGCUUUGGAUCUGAUGCUGGAAGAGGAGGACAGGAUGGAGGUGCCGUCGGAGCAGAGGAUGGAGCGGAACGAGACCCUGCAGAGGGAGCACGUGGAGGAGCACAGGGCAGCGCUUCGCCGGGCCGUCACGCUGUCGGUGCCGGACGCACGGGCGCCGUCGCCGUACGGCACGUUCAGCGACAAGCAGCACCAGCCGGAGAGGAGCGAGAGCUUCCCGCCGGCGGGGGGCAGGCAGCGGAUGAGCUGGAACGACCUGAUCGAGCAGGUAUUCGAUAGGGACGAGGACGGCCAGAUCGUGCUGCGCGGGUCUUCGUUUUCUCCCUGAUGCACGCAGCCUCAUCUGAUGUAAAUUCGUUUUGUUUUGUGCCUGCCGUCUGUCCCAGACUCCCAGCAGUAGCACUUGUUUCUUGUGUUAUUGGUUGUUCAGUAUCAUCCAUUCA